AUGAUAGCAUCAAUUUGCAGGGUGUUAUCAAAGGUGAGUUGUUGUUUGGUGGAGCCACGAUCGGCGUCUCGUGGCAAUAUGGGUACAGUCGAGGUUCACGUUGAUAUGUCACCAAUGGGAUCGCCAACCUUCGAAGAUGGUCGACUAGGAAUACGAGGCAUCGAACUGAAUCAUGUUCUCGAGUUGUUAUGUCGAGACUGUGGAAUGAUCGAUUUGGAAGCUCUCUGCCUGAUCGCUCAUAAAAAGGUUUGGCAGAUUCGUAUCGAUGUUCACGUUUUGCAAGCCGAUGGUGGUCUUAUGGAUUGCGCAUCAGUAUCUGUAAUCACGGCGUUGGCGCACUUUCGACGACCCGAUGUCUCUGUACUAGCUGAUGCGAUUGUUAUUGUGAGUCGGCUUGUUCAUUCGUAG